AUGAGAUGUGAAAUUGCUCAAUUCAGACAUGUUUGUUCCGAAGAGAAAUGUUGAUGCAUUUAAAAGAUAGUUUAAAAAAGCAUUAGCUAGUUGCAAGUAAAGUACUUUGGUUCAGAGAUCAGAGCGUUUGUGCAGCUCUCAAGCCCCACGGUGACCGAAGGUGCCCAGCGCCGGAGCCGGGAUCGGGCGGGGCCCAGCGCUCACCGGGAACUUCUCUGCACGGAAGGGACUGCGCUCACCACGAGGGCUGGGAGGAGGAGUGAGCCUGCUCAGGGCUCGCCCUGCGCAGCCGGGAAACCAAAAUGCCCGCGGGAUCUGCAUGGUGCCACGCUGCUUUGCUCUUACUUCUCUCCGCCGUGCCCCUGUGGGCCGCUGAGAUUUCCUGCAGGAAUGAAGACGGGCAGACGGUGGAUUGGUUCACUCUUUACAAGUUGCCAAAACAUGCCAAAGGACAGAUUCCUGCGCUGGGACUGGAAUACCUGUACAUGGAUGCCCUGGCCCCGCAGUGGCAGCUUGGUAAAUACCUCAUCAACAUGACACAGGGGGCUCUGGGACAAACACUGCAGCAGCUCUAUGAGGCCUAUGAAUCCAAGAGGAACACCACUGCAUAUGUGAUAUACAACGAUGAGAUCCCUGAAUCAGACUCCAAAGCGGGGAAAUGUGGACACACCAAAGGAUUUCUGCUCUUGGACAAAUCACAAGGCUUCUGGGUGAUUCACAGUGUGCCCCUGUUCCCUCCCAGCCCUGAGGAUGGUUAUGGGUAUCCACCUACUGGGGAGUCCUUUGGACAGACAGCCAUCUGUAUAACCUUCAAAUAUGACCAGUUCACAGAMAUAGACCAACAGAUGCUGAUUUAUAAUCCAGGAGUCUACAGCUGUUCCAUCCCUGACAUCUUCCAAGCUGAUCUCCCAAAUCUGCAGAAGCUCUGUGCAAAGUCCAGGCUGCCCUCGGUCCCCUUGCGCCACCUCUCCAAGCUCCAGUCAGCUCGUGGGGAAACCUUUCUCCACUUUGCAAAGUCACACUUGUUCAUAGAUGAUAUCUAUGUGGCCUGGAUGGCUCAGGAGCUGGAGACUGAUUUGUUGGCUGAAUCCUGGCAGCGCUCUGGCCAAAAGCUUUACUCCAAUUGCUCUUUCGACUACCACGUCUACAACAUCAAUGUCAUAGGGAUGCCAUUGAACUCCACCUUUCAUUCCAUUAAUGAUCAUUCCAAAUGGGCUGUUUCAAGGGAAUACAAAGAUCAGUGGACCUGCAUUGGGGACUUGAACCGUGCUGCUGAGCAAGCUUGGAGGAGUGGUGGGUUCAUCUGUACCCAGAAYGAACAGAUCUACAAAGCCUUCAGGCAUCUGAUAAUCCACUACGAAAGCUGCACUUCUGCUCCCAGGGUGCUGUAAGAAACCAUUCCUCCCAGCCAGCACAGCCCUCGUURUGUGGAAAGUGUAGGGAAUGUCUCCCUUGGAGGGCUCCUCUCACCAUCCACACUGGAAUGGGACAGGAGGGAUGCUGCUGCACGAGGCUGCACCAAAGCACAUUUCUGUGAAAACCCUGCAAAGCCAUCCCUGGGCAGCUUGGGAGUGGGGCUGGAUAGGGGAUGGGAGGGACARCAGAAACCUCUCUCAUGAGCUGAGCUGUUGGGACUGGGCAGGUAGCAAGGGAUAAGCACCCCAAAAUAWUUCAAAAUUGCCCUGGAUUUCUGGCACUGUUGAGAUAAAUCACAGCAUUUCUGUUCAGCUUGAACUGAAUUGCUAGAAGAGCUGAGAAAAUUAGAUCCAGACAGGGAGAUGAGUACGUCUGUGGACAGAAAUAAUUUUUACAUGAUUCAUUUUUAGAGAAUAAAUGAACUUUGAAUCAUCUUUAAAUUAUCUGUAACCAAUAGCUUGGGAAUAUUUCUAGUGCUUUUAAUCAUGUACAGCAAUUUUAUAAACAAAUAAAUAUGAAUAGGAAUAUUCAAAUAUGAAUAAGCAAAAUAAAGAGAAAAAAUAUUCUGUUGACAGUCUCCCUCUUCCAUCUGUAUAGGUAUUUGUGAUUGGUUACAAUGUUUUAUAUUGCCAAAGGAAAAAAUGCAGACUAUUAGGAAAAAAAUAAAAAGAAAAGAAUAUAUUUGAAGAAAUAUGUCAUUUAAUCUACAAACAAAUGUGGCUGUUAAUUUUCAGUAUUUUCAAUAUUUCCAGUCUCAGGCUUUGGACCUGAAGUUUUCAUGGACUUUCUAUAAGGACAAAGCUGAUCUGCAAAAUCCUGAUACUCUUGUGUUCAGAUGUCAAAAGUGUAUCUCUGUUUAAUAUGUUCCUAAAUAUGUAUUUCUAUCUCAUUCUCCUUUUUUUUCCCUCUUUUGCUAAUGUAACUCCAGUCUGAAGAGUUGUCUGUCUCAUUGUAUUUGUUUUCCUGUGUUCCUAGUCCCUACCACAGGUUCUCCACAAACAAUGUCUUAAAAGAAAGCAGGUAUAAAGAAAUGCCCCAGAACCACAAGAGGUUGCCAAAGAUUUCCUUCCCUUUUCAGCCUGAACAAUCAACCAAACAACAAASUGUACAAAAGUGYCAAAGAAAUUAAUUUCAGAAAAUAYUUGUGYAUUUUUCKUGAAGAAAUAGAAAUCAUUUAUAUGGCCUGCAUAAUGAAGGAARYUGUACAGGAAUAGCCAGUCYGGACCAAAGGUAAACCCGAGUGUCRUAGYUCAGGGAAAAUAGGGKUGUUGCUUAGAUAUCCUGCACACCUUUUUUUUCUUUUCUCCRCAUAAGACCCAAUGACAUUUGAUAAUUUGCUUCAUAAUGUUCUUUCUCUGAUACUUGUCCAAUUGUUCUACAUAUAUACGUCUYGUUUUGCUAGCUGUGGUCAAGCAACACCUGUUGUGGCAGUGAAAAUUGCCAGUGACACAGAACACGGUGCCAUGGGAUGGUGGGGCAUCACUCAGAAAAGCCAAGACAAAAUUAAUUAUUCUUGCCUAUCUUUUCAUGACAGACACAAACCUAACCUGUCUGUCUGAGCUCUUGUAUCUUGCCCACAGUUUGUGUAAGCAUGACCUCAGUGUUCAGGACUGGCAAGAAAUCCUCUGCUGGAGACGGCGCUGGCAAGCUCCGUGUGUGUGUCAGAGAGCACCUGGGUCUGUGGCACAACCUGUAUUUCUCGUGGUAUUUUCUAAUGCUGAGUCAMAGCAUUUGGGUGCAAUGUCUUGGGUUCAAUAGCAAAGAGUCUCUGUCCCACUGGUUGUCACAACAGUGUUGCCAGCUCCCUGCUCCCCAGGCCAGCAGUUACCAGUGAAUCUCUUGAAAUAAGUGCUGAUUGCUGUUCUUAGUUAUUUGGUUGAUUAAUAGCUGUCAUAAAGUUUUACAAGACUACUUAACCAUUCCUCUUUCAUUAGACCCAAGACUGGUUGCUUCCAUUUUGGCUGUAACUGAGGAGGCAGAARGAGCAGUGGGAGAUGCAGAGAAACAGCUGUACCGUACAGGACCACGAGCACCACAGCAGCCUGGCUGUGCACACACUCAGUGGUGUAGCAAUAAAAAGGCUGCAGAUCUGGUUCUCUCAUUUUUUGACUGUAAACAGCUUUAAUUCAGUUUUGCUUUUGUUGUGUAACUUCUGUAUUUGCAUAUCCUAAUAUUUCUGCUACACAUAUUAUGAAACAUGGGCAGACACUGUUUCCCAAAAGAGGCUAAUAACCAACGAAAUAAACCGUGUAGGUUUUUAAAGGAUUUAUAACUCUAAGGCUUUCUUUGCAAAUGCAAGACCAUAAGCCACUUACUCAACCUCAUAUGUCCUAUGUCCUCACCAUGC